UUUUUUUUCUAAUAUCUGCUCUCUCCAGGGGGAAAUUAAAAAAGGUGGAACCUUCUUUUGUUCUCCUGGAGUGCGAGAUCAAUUCCCUUUUUUUCUUCAUCGUAUCGCGGACUCUCUCUCGUCUUCGUCGUCGUUGAUCGUAUCUAGGAAUUGUGGGGUUUUUAGUUCGAUUCAAUUCAUCACAUAUCUCGAUUUUUUUCUGGGGUUUUUCAAAGAACCAAAAGAAGGUUUUGGUAUAUUGGAAAAUGCCUUCUCUAAUCUCACAACAAUGGCAAGAGAAGACUAGUGGAUUCUUUUCUUCAUCAGGAACGAAGCUUAGGGAAGCCAGGCAAUCAGCUGGUAGUUUUGUGGGGGAAGUAGCUAAGGAUGCGAAAGUGAAUGUUACUGAUGUUGCAGAAAGAGUUGGCACGAUGUUUAAAAGCCGGUGGGCUAUUCUUCAGCAGCCUGCAACUAGACAUGCUGUGCAAGAACACCUCAUAACAGCUGCUGCCACAACCGGGACUUUGGUCANCCUAUUAUGUAAGAGAAAACUAGAUACACGUGGCACCUACAACACAUUUGCGGCCAAAAAGACUGCGCAAAAGAGCAAGACCAUUUUGACGGAUAUAGAAAGGUGGAAGAAGGGAGUUGCCAGCUCAGAUGUGUUUGGUGUUGCGAUUGAAAACACUGUCCAGCGGCAGGAGUCAAGCAGGCCUAUUCCAUUUAUACUGACUAAAUGCGCAGAUUAUCUCAUACUAACAGGACUUAAUUCACCGAGCUUGUUCAAAGCCGAAGGAGACAAAAAGUUGAUUCAUCAAUUGGUUUCUACGUACAAUCAAGAUCCUAGAGCGUCAAUACCUGAGGGUGUGAAUCCAGUUGAUGUCGCUGCACUCAUGAAGUACUAUCUUGCUAGCCUUCCGACACCACUAACUACUUUUGAGCUUUAUAAUGAAAUCAAAGAUGCAAGGUCAAGCGUACACAGAAUGAAAAAGUCCCUCCAAAAGCUUUCCAAUGCGAACUAUAAUACAUUGGAGUUCAUAACAGCGCUAUUGCUUCGUGUAAGCCAGAAAUCACUACUUAACAAGAUGGAUUCGCAUAGCCUAGCUAUGGAGAUGGCUCCUGUGAUCAUGUGGCGGGAAGACAAAAGGCCUGAAUCGUACCGGGAAUACUGGAGACGCCCGUCGAGGAGUCCUAAGAAAAGUAACGACUUUGAAACUGCUACUCCAUGGGACUUGCUCUCAGACGAAGGAGAAGGUCUAGAUGCAUCUUCAUCAAUCUCUCUAGAUGAUAUCGUUCAAGUUGAUUUUGGAGCUGUCGAGGUUGUGCAGUGCCUAAUUGAACAUCACAAUGCGAUUUUCACGGAUGCAGACGAGACUAUAUGGAGGUGAAAACAAAAAAGGGUUUAAUAAACCAGUCUUUCUCUCAAGUCGCCAGUUCCUUUCAUGAUUCCACAAUUUCCGAACUGAACCAGAAGAAGAUAACCGUUACAAGAACAUAUGCAUUUUGAUCUGGAUGAUGAUUGAUUUGACUAGUGAUUUCAGUAAAUAAGCUUUCGUUUCACAUUGGUUAUUCUGUAACAAGUUUUAGACUUUAGAAACUGAUGAUUUAAAAAGAUAAGUUUUUCUUAUAAGAAAUCAAGAA